AUGGCGGACCAGCAGUCAGUUAUUCUUGAAGUAAUCAACACCAAGCAUAAAAAGGCUGCUGGAAUCCUGCGCCUCCUUUCAAACAAUUUGAUUUGGAUUCCCCAUGGAUCAGAUAAUCCCAAACUAUCGUGUGCUUACUCGGAAAUCAAAGGUAAACCUCAUCAUCAGUGCAAUGUACUUUGACGUUGACACGUGUGCGUUAGGUAAUCAUCUCGAGUUUUGGCAGAACUUUUUUGAACCUUUGCUAUGUCUUAAAUCGAUUCUCGACGCACCCACAUCAAGCACGAUUACUUGUUAAAUUUUUCCCCCGUUAUCACAUGAAGUUAUAAUCUUUAAUGUAACUUGCGGUACUGUUCUGUCAAACUGCCGGCGUCCAAUUGUGCAACUUUGCCAUCUUCCAUAAUUUUCUCCACAGUCCAGCGAAUAAGCCCUGAAGGCAGUUCCAAGAUACAGAUCCAAAUCGUUCUUCAUGAUGGGAAUUCAUUCACCUUCCAGUUCACAAGUGAACCAGCGGCAGCAGCAAAAAAGGAAAGGGAUGAUGCAAAAGAUCUGCUGGCUCAACUCAUACCAGCACAUAGGAAAAAAGCUAACAGAGAACUGGAAGAAAAGAACAGGUGUUAAUUAAGUACCCUGGAGAGGUUUUGGGCGCUUUCCAUUUACUCAAAAUUUCCGGAAUUUCCGGUUCGGCGGUAAAUGGAACACGUUUCGUCGGUUCGUCCCACUGGAAAAUUCCCAGAAAAAGUGGAAAAUCUAAAAAGGUAGUCCCGUUUUCCCGGUUGGAAUUUCCGAACGGAAUCUCGUGUUCCAUUUACGUUUCUCGUAGUUUGUACCAGUUCCAGGUCCACGGUUGGGCACCGCCACGUACCGGGGUUUACGACCAAAUGGAACAACUUUUUACCAAUCGGAAAUUCCACUUUUGCUACCACCGAAAUUUCCGGGUUUUUUUCCUAAAUGGAAAGCGCCCUUUAUCUCGCAUGUAUUGAUUGAGUGUGGUAGAGAUGCUGCAGGUUGGUAUGUCUUCAGCCUCUAGGCCGAAGCCACAAGCUGCAAAUCCACAAGAAAUAAUCUCUGGCAAAGAGCACCUUGAUUUACUGUACUGGGUGGAUCUUGACCUUGUUUUUAAAAUGUCAAUCACAGUGGUGCAUUUAGAAGAUGUUUUACAGUCGAAACAGGUCAAGCGUACCCCUCAAGAUUCUAUUAAUGAAUUGAUUAUUUGAAAAAUGAAUCUGUUAGUCUUUCCCGUAACUAGUGUCAAAUUCAAAUCGGAAUUACUGCAUGUGUAAUGAACAGUGAAUAAUUUACGAGAACUUGUCCGUAUUUGGUCAGAUUGAAAAUCUUCGAAUGAAUUAAAAUUCUUAGAAGACAGUUACAUCAAAUUCAGGGAAACUGAGCUGGUAGAAAUUUCGUAACUGAAUCGUGUGUGAAUUCACGGCUCAUUACGCGUGCAAGAAUGUAGAGAUGAAUCUGAAAUCUACAACUGCCAACCAACUCAACUUUCGAAUAAUAAAUUCAUUAAUGGAAUUUUGGGGGAUACGCUUGACCUGGCUUGACUGUAAAUAGACAAACUAUUUCAAAAGUAAUAAAUUACCAGAAUAAAUUACCAAUGGAUCACACUUCGGUCCCAAAGACUCACUUAUCUCAAGAAAAAUGAAUUGGACUGUAUCAGCAUCUAAAGAAGAAUCUUGACUGAUUGCAUGAGUGUCAGUAGAAUUCUCCAUAGUAAGAAUAGCUUCAGAUCCAAAUUUAAAAGAAAAGAAUAAUAAUUAUCAUUGUUAUGGUAGCAAACCAGAAAAUCAUUUUGCUCUUGGCUUUGGGUACUUUGAUUCUCAUUGUUGUUUUGAUCUCACUCUGAUUAGAAUGCUGAAAGACAAUCCUGAGUUGUAUCAGUUAUAUAAAGAUUUGGUUGUUAGUGGUGUAAUUACAGCUGAGGAGUUCUGGGCAAACAGAGGAAAGGUAUUUACAAUCAUGUCAUCCUUUGUGCAAGUAGAAAGUGUGUCUUUUAUUCCUAGGGCCAGGUACUGAUAAUUAUACAUUCCAAGUACCGUAUUUUUUGGAACAAGUGCCCAACCUCGAAUUACCGCCCACUUUGAAUAAGCGCCCUCCUAAAGGCAGAAAAAGUUAAUAAGCGCCCAACCUCGAAUAAGCGCCCACCCCCUCCUUCUCCCAAUCAAACUCAAAUAAGCGCUCACCCCCACCCCACCCACUUGAGUGAAUAAAUUCUAAUAAGAGACUUCCCCGAGGACGGAGUUUUCUUCAGAGUAUUUUACAGAAACCUUGUUUUGUUACUUCUUCAUGUUUUGUUAUUAGCAUUAAUUUAUUGUUUUGUUGCAAAAUAAACAUACUUCACUUGCUGAAAAUGGUGAAAAUUUAAUAAGCGCCCAGCCUUGAAUAAGCGCCCAUCUCAAAUAAGCGCCCACUCUCAAGGUCCAAAAAUUUAAUAAGCGCCCAGGGCGGUUAAUCAAAUAAAUACGGUAUUUGAAAUUUCACAAACAGUAUAAGUGAUGGGAAUAGACUGAGAUUUUAUCAUCGAUCAUCGGAAAUAAUCGGAUUGACCCAACCGAUCGAUCAUCGAUUAUAAUUGGAAAAUCUAUUGAUAAAAAACUCAGCUGCCAUGUUUGUUGUGGACAACAUGAAAAUGAGACAACAAGGAGACGACCCUGGGAGCCAACUUGAGUUUCACUUUGAUCUUCGUUUAUAUCUGUUUUGCUUUCAUCUGCUCUUGUAACCUUUCUGAUCGCAGUAAGUAGAUCUAAAAAUGUAUUUUACGGCCAGCUACUAAUUUGAAAUAAAACUAAGAGAACCAUCAAAGUAAGUUUUUUCCGUAUGAAGUACGCACUAUCAAGUGUGAACAAAAUACAAAAUGCAACACCUAGCCUGGCGUGAGCGUGUUUUUGCCAAGUUUUGGAAAACAUCAAAAAUGUAUGAAACAUAGGAGAAAAAGGUAUUCAGUGGAAGCUGCUGUUUACAAGUCCAUUAAAAUGUGCAUACAACACACAAUUUUUUUAUGUUUUUAUUAAUUUUGUUAUCAAUAAUUUUUUUAUAAUUUGUCUGUGAUAAUCGAUUGUCACCAUCCAUAAUCGAUUGUCUUGUCGCUUAAAGAUUUUCGAUCAAUGAUUGAUUUUAAUCGAUGAUCGGCACACCACUAAAGCCCCAUUUACACGGCCGAAAAUUUUUGGCACGGCUCGGAUGAAAAAAGUACGCGUACCAAAAAAAUUGGUUCGGCACGGAUAGAUUUAGUCGUGUAAACGACUUUGGCCCUUCCGUGCCGGACCAAAAUUUCACCCGUGCUCGGACCAUGUCGAGAGGUAGUCCGAGCACGGAUAAAACUGGUACGCGAUCCUGAAAAUCUAGCCCAGCUCGGAUAAAGUGUGCAGUGUAAACGAUUAGCCGUGCCGAGCUAACUUUUCUCUAAUGCCCGCCUUCGUGCCUUUGGUCAGCACCAGUGUGGGAGAGCAUGUACAGAUGAGCUUUUUCGUUGGUUCAAUAUAAACCAAAAGUUCAAUAAACACGACAGUAGUUCAAUGACCACCCGUUAGUUCAUUGAUGAGCGUGGACAACAUGGAGCUGCGUGGGAAAUAGCCACAAAUACGUUAGAAUUUUUUGAUAUAAAUGUGUAGCAAUAACUAAGUGGUAAAUACUUUUUCGUUAGUUCAGUGUUUUCAAUAACCACACAAUAAUUCAACAACCGCACCAGUAUUCAAUGACCACCCAUUUGUUCCUUGUGCGUAGACCACAUGCGGCUGUGGGAAUUCUAAUGAACUUUUCGUCCGCCAUGUUUUUACAGAGGAAGCAGCAUGCGCACUAGGCAAGAAUCGAGUACGCUGACCGAGAUGUUGAGCCUUUUACCCGUACCAAAUCAUAAUUUCACAUAGUUUAGCACGGUACAAAAAAGAACGUGUAAAUGAGUAAUCAGUACUAUUUUUUUUGGUACCCGUACCACUUUCAUCCAAGCCGCGCCAAAAAUUUUCUGCCGUGUAAAUGGGGCUUAAACAGUAUCAUGGAAUGACAUUUCUGUGGUCCCGUUUUAUCAUGCCAUAGAUCAUGAUUUAAUUUGCUUUUAAGGACAUGGUUCAAAGAAGUCGUCCCCAAAACAAUGUUAAAAGGCACUAUCUGAAUGGAGGAAGCUUACAAUGUAUAACUUGUACCAUUUCUUCCUUUUUAUAGAACCAGGAUACCCAAGCUGUACAGAAUGACCAAGCCAUUGGAUUAUCAUCAGCACUACUUGUACGUUAAGGUUAUGUUUUCAGCAUUGGUGGCUGUUUGUAGUUGUACGCAUGAAAGAGAGGCUGAUCUCCUGGUACCCUAAUCAGAAUAUUGAAUCAAUAAUAAUCUGGAUUAUCAUUAAUUUUUUUGUUUCCUAGGUCAUUAUAGAACCUUCCACAUUUCCACAUAAUUAUCUAUCAACUUUACUGUAAAAAAUUAUUGUAAGAAUAUUGCCAAGAUUGAAAGUCAUACAUCUGUAAUUCCACAAGGUCACAAAUUUACACAGAUGUUUGUAUGGUAAGGGGCAAGUUGGUGCCCCCACCAUACAAAUUUCUGUAAAAUUUUGCGACUUUUCAGAGCUUUAUCUGUUUUAGUUUGUGACAAAUUAUUGUUUGACUUGGCUACGGUACCGAUUUUAUAGUGUUCUUUCUAGCUAGAGGGCUGUCAACGUCGACAAAUUUUUGCUUACUGACCCAUACGAAAAGCUGAAAAAAGCAGUGGAUGGGUAUAUGUUUUAAAUCAAUCCUGUGUGUAUUAGAUCAAUAAUAUAAUUGUGAACUUAAUUGUGUAAGCAUUGUUAUCCCUGCAGGCAGACAUGCAACCAGAAAGCUCUGGAUGCAAUGAAGUCAAGUACAAUUUGAAUGUCGACACCAUUGAGGCAAUUUUUAAAACUUAUCCAGCCGGUGAGUACACAGACUAAAAAAUAAGCUGUGUUGAAUAUGAAUAAAGGGGUUUGUUUCAAAUGAAGCUUCAUAGGCUAUUGAAACUGGAGUAGUCAAUCAAUAAAAAUCAGUAUCGAUUUAUCAAUCGAUAAAUCAAUAAAAUCGGUGAAGCUCAUUUGAUUGAUAUCGAUUUUGUAGAUCAAUCGGUAGAAAUUGAUGACACACUUGUUUUGUUUAUCAAUUUCUCUUGAUUUUUACCAAAUUCAUCGAUUUAUAUCGGAAGAUAUAUCUGUUCAUCUAAUCGUCCAAAAAGGAAAACUGAUUUCAUGCAAACAGUAAUUUGUUGACAAUUAUUUUGCAAUUGAGAGUCAAAGGAUCAAACAAUCAACACUUUUUAAAAAAAGCUUUCAAAAAAAUCUCAAAAAUCUUAUCUUUUCUUCAAAACCAGGUUUUAAAUCUUCUUUCUUGUUUGUAGGCGCCCAGUUUUUCACGAUUUAGACCCGCUACCCUUUCAAAAUAACAUUGGUGUAGUUCCGGGUGAAGUUACAUCCCAGAGUAUAGCCCAUAGAUAAAAAUCAUAAUCAAUAAAAAUUGUUAGCAAUCGAGUGGUUUUUAUUGAUUGAUAAUGGCAACGGUGAAAAUCUAUCUAGGGAAAUGUAUGAAUGAAUUUCAGACAUCCCUUCAACUCGAAGGGAUGUCUGAAAUUCAGGCUAGGAAAUCUUUACUAAGGUUGAAGUUCUCGUGAUACUUGCCUGCAAGAACUGAAUGUAAUAUUAUUUAUUAUUAUAAAACUGAACUGUUUUUGUUAUUAUGUACAAAACCAAGAGUUUUAGAGAGAAACUUGUGUGUGUUAUGGUUUGUACAUUUCUCAUUUUCAUGUUUGUUGAUCUGUUGUUACUCGUGGAUGUGUUUUCUCAGCUGUACUAUCUAACUCAUGCCAAAAAACAACAAUGGCGGAGUUCCGUUAUAAAUUGUUAAGAUCAUGAAAAAUCGAUAAUUGAUUUGACAAGGCAAUGUAGUUUAUUGAUUUUCACUGAUUUCCGUUAUCAAUCGAAGGAAAUCAUUUUUAUCAAUUGACUACUCAGGGUAGUGAAACACAAAAUUGAGUUUUAUCAUCAAGUACCAUAUUUAUUUGAAUAAGUGCCCAACCUCGAAUUAGUGCUCACCUCGAAUAAGCGUCCAUCCUAAAGGCAGAAAAAGUUAUUAAGUGCCCAGCCUUGAAUAACCGCCCACCCCCGUGUACCUUGUUAUAGGGAGAAACAAGGAAUCGUGUCAUAUGUGUUGAUAAUCUUUAAACAAGCUCUUGAGGUUUUGAUAAAUAGUUAACGUAUAACUUGAAUAAUAAAUUAUUGUUUAAGUUAUACAAUAAUAAUUUUAUUUCGGUGUAACCUGAAAUGGUUACCAAGGUUUAAAACUAUUUUGUUGUUGUUUUUUUAUUUUCAGUGAGACGGAAACAUCAGGAGGUUGUGCCUCAUGAGGUAACCGACAUCUUAAAUUUAUAAUAACAAUCAGUGUAAUCAUCCUGGAUUAUGCAUCAUGUCAGUGCACUGUUAGUCUCCCUCGCGGCCAUUUUUGUCUCAUUGUGCAAUUUUCCUCCCCAACAAUUGGCUGCUCCCAUAUGAACCACAUUCCUUUCCAAUUGUUUUAUCAGCCCACGGAAACGACCAAUGAUCCUUUAUUAGCAAACUACAUGUAAAAAAGGAUGUCAGUUUUUACGCAACGAAUGAGCACCUUUGAUUUUCAGUUGCAUCAGAGGUGUCAGUUGCGACGGGCCAGGUUCUAUUUGGCUUUCAUAUUUAAAAAAUAUUCACAGAAUCAAAGAAUGAAGUUUCCUAUGGCAAAAACUGAAAAACACACGUGGCACUGAAAUGGUCAAAUAGGUGACUUCAAACUGUACAAUGCUAUAUGAGGGAAAAAAAUUGGGAAGAAACAGCCAGUUGUAAUCGGAUUAUCAGCAUUGUUCAUCCGUCCUGUCACUUGUAGACGUAUACCAGAUAAUUAUCUCAUUAAGAAAACAUUGAUCAAGGGAUUUGUUCCAGAAACAUAAAAGGUUAUGAUUAGAACAAGGUUGCCACAGCCAGAGGUUUCCACUCAAAGCGGUAUUUAUGUUUUUUUGCCAUUCCAGUGAUUUUCUAGAGACCAUAUGUUUUUUUUUCUCUGUCAGCAAGGCAGACUUGAGCAGCCAUCAGAUUGAACCCUUUAAUAAUGUAACCUUGACAAUUGUUUUCCCUCUAAAAAAUAUUCCAGAAAUUUUAUUUUGUGCUGAUUUGUUUUAAGUAUUGCUGUGUCUGUUCUUAGAUGCAAGAGAAAGAAUUUUGGACAAAAUUCUUUCAGUCACAUUACUUUCACAGAGAUAGAACAGUCAAUCCAGGGUCUUCAACAGGUGAUAUGUUUACAAAAUGUGCUAAAGAAGAUGAACAAGGUAACACAUUAUGUAAUUUUUCCUUAAAAUAUUGUAAUAUUUCCUUAAAAUUGUCUUUAAUAAACUCAUCGCCAGUUGAUGAGCUUGGGAACUGGGGCCUAAAUGGUUAGCGGGGGAGGCCAAAAUGCGAAAAAUAAGGCAAGGAGGUAACCAGGCAACCCGGGAAAUGGGAACCACCCCUGCGAGCAGCCACUAACUGGCACAGGGAAAAUACUUAGAGGACGAGAUACUUACCAAGUGACAUUACCUGUGCACCCACACAUGACAGCAGGGAGGGAGGAGAGGGAGCAAGAAUCUGCGAAGAUUCGCUAACACAAAGCUAAAAGGUGAUCCGCAACAAUCAAUGAGAAUAGCUUGCAAAAUAAUGGCAAAGGAUAGCAGCCCUGAAAACCCCAAAUGGGCUGCCCCAUACGUCACGCAUGCUAAUAUGGGAACACCGCUGGCAAAUUUGGCUCGAGGUUAACUUAGUCUACCGGUAAAUAAAAAUUUAGCCACAUUAAUACUACUAGAGGAAAGAAGAAAAUACAUAUUUACCCAUUAUCUAUUAAAGCAAAUUAAGUACUGCUUUCCCCACAUUAAAAGAAGCAAGAAAAAAUAUUUGAGAUCAAGUUAAAUUCAUCACGGUUUCAAGUAAAAUAUUCAAAUAAACUUUGCUGUAUCAAAAUGUUUGAACUUUGACAACUUCCUUUUAUAUCAGUUGUGAGUUGGUUGUUAAUGAUAAUAUUAUCUGGUUAUUUAGAACAACUGAAAAGGAAACUUGCCACAUUUAGUGAUCCUUUACUGGACUUGACAGGAGCUUCUCCAGUUCCUGAUGAGGUUUGGAAAGUCUUUUAAUUGUAAAUCAUUAAUAAUAUCUUAUUUGCAAAAAGAGUAAUAUCACAAUGUAUGUUAAUAUUAAUAUUAAUAAAAGAAUGAUAAUAUUGUACAGUCUUGACUCUCUCUAAGACUGCCACUUAUGGCACUGCCGCUAAGGCCCUUGAUGUAUCAGGAUAUGUUUGAAUCAGCAACUUUUUCUUUCUGGAUACAGCUUCCAUCCACACGUAUCUGGCGAAUCCGGCAUACGAAUCUGCUCUCCAGAGUGGAAAUGUUUGAAUAUGCUAUCAAUCUGGAAUCGUGUGGAUGCUAAAUCCAAAUAUUUUUUUAUGCGGUGAUGUAACAAGAUCAAGCUCAGUUCUUUGCCGUAAAUACUGUAUUCAAGAUGGCAACCUCGCUCACAGCUUCUCUCAAGGCAGAGCAAGAUGCAAAUUUUGUGCACUUUACAAUGCGUGCUCUGUUGCCAAUAUUCCCAGGGGAGUCCUGAGUACUGCAGUGAAUCCGGAUACGUGUCAGAUAGGUGUGGACAGGCAAAUUCGAUUUUGGCAAAGUUUUCGCCCCCACCAAUUUGGCCUGGGUUCAAAUCCUGGCGUCAAUACCAUAUGUGGGUUGAGUUUGUCGUUGGUUCUUUCCCUAGUUCCGAGGUGUUUUCUCCAGGUUUCUCUAGUUUUCCCUCCUAAAAACCUACACUUCCAAAUUUCUAAUAUUCAAUCUGGAAGACACAGACAUGUCUCAAUGAGUUCUUAAGAACUCCUAAGUGCUCCGCGGGUAAACAAAUUACAAAAUCACGUGUGGAUGUGGAAAUUAUUGAGUCCAGAAAGAAAACGUUGCGGAUUCAAAUAUAUCCACAUAUGUGAGGACAGGGUAUAAGGACAUUCACCAAAGGUCAGAGACUGGCUAGCUGGAUGGAUCUUGUCUCUUUGAAAGCAUAAGGAAUGGGGCAGAUGUAUAUUAUUGUUAAUAUUUUGGAAAUGUGUUAUCUAAUUUGUGUACUGAAGAAACACCUGAGAACUCUUGUGCAUUUCAAUAGGAAAGUGCUUCAUGGGUAAUCAAUUUACAAAUUACAAUAGUUUGGUAAAAGGUUGAAACUCCACAAACCAGACAAAAAAAACCUCUAAUUGGCUGAGAACCCAUGAGGUAAUGUGUUAUUGAUAGCUUCAAAUAUCUUUAUCUUCUUGUACAACAAUGCAGGGUUAUGGGCUCACAUCAGAGGUUAUUGACCCUAAGAACAAUGUUGCAACACAGUCUCUCUUUAGAAGACUAAAUCAUCACAGUUUAAUGGUGCUCCAAAACACAUCUGUUGGGUAAGACAUUGCAUGAGAACUGUCCACAUUUGACCAUAUGAUCCAGAAGUUUUUACUUGAUAAUGGUCAAUUCUCCAUAUUAUAUCAAUUGAUAAAACUAAUACCAUAAACUGCUGCUCAUAUGCUUCCCCAUAGCUCAGGCCCAUCCAGGAGUGGAUGUAGGGGGAGGGUGCAAGGGGCGUGCCCCCUCCCCCACGAGAUUACCUGCGGCUUUCCAAUACAACUGGUAUUCUUGGUGCUGAAGUAAAACAUGAGACGAGGUUGAAGAAUUUAUGUCAAACGCAGUAAAAAUGGUAGUUUGGCACUGAAGUCUGCUGUAUUGUUUGAUAUGUUUUCUCAGCAGUUCACAUUCCUGGUCAAAAGCCUUCUUCUUCGUAUUCGCUUUUGAAAUUUGUUUACGUCACCAGUCAGUUACACCAUUCCUUAAGUGGUGCACCCUCGCCUAAGAAAAAUCCUGGAUCCUCCCAUCUACCCAUAAAAAAUACAUCAAAUUGACCCUUCCACGGUUUUUUCAACUGGGGCCAAUUAGCGAAAAACUGUCAACACGACUGGAGAGAACGUCCUUGAAUUAGUAAAGUUGCCAAGUGUGAAAGCAAUUUUUGGAAAACUAACGAAGAUGUAGCUCCGGAAAGUCGCAGAAUUUUAUAGAUGUUUGUAUGGUGGGGGCAAGUUUGUGCCCCCCCCCCCCCCUACCCACCAUACAAACGCCUGUACAAUGUCGUAACUUUGAAAAGCAAUUUCUUUGCUCUCUUCGGACGUACCAUCUUUAAACUUGGUAAGUGACCUUAUUUUAAGGCCCUCUUUUCAGCAGUGUCGAUGGAUAUUCACUUACUUCUCUUUAUCAAAAUUAAAAAAAAAUCGUGAAAGGAACUCUAAUAAGUCCCCUUGGAUAUAAGCCCUACUCCAGGUUUGCUUUUCUUGAAUUCAGUUUAUUACGUAGCUUGAAAAAACAGCCAACAUUUGGCGACGCUGCCACUAGUUUCCCCGCCAAAUGACGUCUGAGAAACGAGUGCAGAAAUUCCAUACUGAUGACGCGUUACUACUCAGAUCUGGGUAGUGCUUCUGAUUGGUUAAAUCAAAUUUCCCACGCGCCACGACCAAUCAGAAGCACUACCCAGUUCUGUAUAGUGACGCGUCAUCAGUAUGGAAUUUCUUCGCUCGUUUCUCAGACGUCAUUUGGCGGGGAAACCAGUGGUAGCGUCGCCAAAUGUCGGCUGUUUUCUCAGACUACUUAUGUUGUUUUGAAGCUUGAUUCAAAAAAGUAAAGCAAAAUGUAUUUUGAUCAGCCAACUUAUUGUAGUGAGCAUAAGUAAUUCACUAGCCUCAAUCUAUUUUAUGAUCUUAACAAUUUCUAUUGAGGUACAUGUCUUGACUUUGUAUUUGAAAAUUUCUCUGACUGAUUGCUAUGAAAAAGUCGUGUUUAAACUUUCAGAUCUAUAAAGCUGAGAGUUUGUAGACUUUGUAAUUCCAUGAGAAGCACGUGAUUUGUCCACUUCACAGUCAGUGAUUCUAUUUUAUUGUGCUAUUUUUCUCCAUAGGUCCAGCACGGCUACAGGGAAAGAAACAAAUGGAAGGAAUGGUGACGCCAAAGACACUGCUCCUCCCCCUAAAAAGGUUUUGAAAUUCAAUUUUAUCUACUUGAUCCUUCACCUUACAAAAGUGACUGAAAUCAAAAUUCAACAAAAUUAAGGCUGGUUUUCACUAGUGACGGAGUCGGAGUCGUAAUCAGAAGCGUAGAGCUUAUGAUCUAGUGAAAACAGCGUUCCGAUCCCGCUUACGACUCCGUCACUUACGUUCCGCUUAUGAUCUAGUGGAAACCAGAUUGUCGGAGUCGGAAGCAGAAGCAGAAGAAUUAAACCUAUCACAAAACGUGGGAACGUGCCUUGUGAUUGGUUUAUCCUUCCGCUUCUGCUUCCGACUCUGACAGUCUGGUUUUCACUAGAUCAUAAGCGGAACGUAAGUGGCGGAGUCGUAAGAAAUGGAAACGUUUUGAUUCUUCUGACUCCGAUUUCGUCGCGCUUUGAUUUUCACUACGUGAUUCCGCUUACGACUCCGACUAAAAAUGGUGAAGACCAAACUAAUAGUUAGUUAUCAGCAUUUGAUAGUUACCAGUAUCAUGUGAAAGUACUGGAGAGGUUUCUUUGUACAAGACUUUAUCAUUUACCUUUUAAUGUUAAGAGCCCUCUUAUUUUAACCUUUGUUAAGCUUAGUUUAUGUACAGUCAGCUAACUUUUCUACUGCACCUCUUUCGUUAGAACAGAGUUUUCACCAGCGACGGAGUCGGAGUCGGAGUCGGAGUCGUAAGCGGAGUCGUAAGAGCGCUUACGACCUGGUGAAAAUCAAAAAUUGGAGUCGUAAGCGGAGUCAUAAGCGCGACGGAAUCGGAAUCAGAAGAAUCAGAACGUUUCCAUUUCUUUCGACUGACUCCGCUUACGACUCCGUCGCUUACGUUCCGCUUAUGAUCUAGUGAAAACCAGAUUGUCGGAGUCGGAAGCAGAAGCGGAAGAACCAAACCAAUCACAAUGCACGUUCCCAUGCUUUGUGAUUGGUUUAUCCUUCCGCUUCUGCUUCCGACUCCGACAAUCUGUUUUUCACUAGAUCAUAAGCGGAACGUAAGUGACGGAGUCGUAAGCGGAAUCGGAACAAUGUUUUCACUAGAUCAUAAGCUCUACGCUUCUGAUUACGACUCCGACUCCGACUCCGUCGCUAGUGAAAACCAGCCUUUUUUUUAGAGAGCUUUAGAUAUGUGGACGAGGACGACUAUGAAUACGAGAUUUAACUUGAAAAAAAACCCAUUAAACCCGGAAAGCUUCAUUGUACUAUUUUUCACCUGAAAAAUUAGUGCGGUUAUUUUGUUGGGGCAUGUUUAGCCCUUUGCCGGUGCAAAAUGAAUUAACUUCUAAAAUUCGAUACCUUGUUUCCGCUACUACGACAUUUUCGCUAAAACUCGGAGGACGGCUAUCACGUUUUCCCGCCAAAAUGACGCUGGUUCACGCGCGAGCACUACUUUGUGUUGGGAAAUCUCGUACUCGUAGUAGUCCUCCCCCGGGGAUUUACUCUCCUGCUAUGAGCGUGACCCCCUAGGCCCUCGUAGCCAUCUAAAUCCUCGCCUAGUGCAUAUACUUUGCCGCUUGAAAUUUUAGUGACAGCCCUGGUUACAAAUGACAAAUUAUACUUGUAAUUUGUACAAUAUGGCUUAUUCAGUUCCUUUCUUUUCAUUCAGUGCUUUGAUUUACUCAUCUACUACACAGGUUAUUUAAGAGUCUUAUUUCAGCUUCAAAUUUUGGGGGUUACUUAACGGAAGCUUGGGUAUGUUGUUUAUGUUACACGGUACGAUUCGCAACGACGAUUUUUAGCGCAACACAGCGUUGCAAUAUUGGAACAACGUUGUCACUAUUCGAAACAAUGUUGCCACGCUGUGUUGCCCUAAAAAUCGUUGUUGCGAAUUGUUUCGUGUAACAUACCCUGUUCGGCGGCAUCUUCUUUUAGCCAAAAUAAGCUAGUUCUCCCCGGACUUCAAAUAAGUACAGAUGCUGCAACUCUUCGUGUAACAAGUAGCAGCUCUUGAAGAUUUUUACAUCAGUGUGAAGACUACGAGUAAUCCCUCAUUCUUCUCACAAAUAGUUGAGAAAGCAAAAUGCGCGACUGCGCAUGAAAAUCGUGGCGCGCGAGAAGAGGCAAGACAUUGUGGAAAGAGAGUCACCUUCCUCGCGACUGGCGAUGUUCACGCGCGCUGGUGUAUUUCGCUGGAUCUACUAUCCUUGAGAGAAAUGAGGGACUACUCGCAGCUGUGGUAGUCUAGUGCGUGUGGGAGAGGUAAUUGAUAUCCCUUCUCUUUUGGCUGCAAUGUAAAACUUACCCAGGAAAAUCUAUCCAGAAACUCAUAAGGGGUUGAAACGUGUAACUCGCGUUGAAUGCUCGUGAAUAUUCAUUUUUCUCUGCGCACCAUAUUCGGAAACCCUCGCUGUGGCCUCAAAAAACCAGGAAGUUUCAAAACAACUUUGCACGUGCAUCGCGCUUUUUUGUACAUUUCUUUGUCGUCACUGCACGACUACGACAUGAAAGUGGCCUUUUGUGAAGGGCAAAAACACAAUACAGCGACUUUCGUUUUCUUUUCCCGAACUUCGAUACAGUCUUUAAACGAAGUGAACGAGAUGGAGAAAGCGAGAUAAAGCUUGAAGCAGCGCGAAUGCACUUUUUAAGUGCGGUUUGUUGUAGCUUUCGCUAUCGUUGCUGCUUGAGCUACCUCAGGUUCCCUCUCGAGAACGUGGAGUAAAAUUACGUCACGUCGUUUACGAAGUUUAAUUGGUUGGUUAAAUUUUCUUCUCGUUCCAACUAUGGUACUUGCGAAGAUGAAAAUUCACGAGCAUCGAACAAAGCAAACAUUUGAGAGUUACCCGUUUUUUUAAAACCCGUUAUGAGGUUCUGGCUCAUCCCUUUUGUUUAUCAUGUAACUAAACCUUUAUUCACAUUUUCCGACAGACCCGUUUGCGGGAAAUGGUUCAGUAUGAUGACUUGGCUGUAGAGCAAGCUAGAGAGCUUCCCAGCUUAAAAAUCGCCGAUUCAUCAAAAUUUUCUCAGGGCCUUAUUCCUGUAGUCCCCAAGGUAGGAUAAUUAGAAGGCAUAAUGAUUUUUUAAGCAGUUUUGAGUAGGUUGAAAAAAAAAAGACUUGGGUGGGAGGUCAUAACCCGCAGCGAGUAACGUCCAUGUACUCUAGUCACGGCGUUUUCACUGACCAGUUUUGGCGCGAAUUUAGAAUAUCUUUGAAGUCCCACAAUCUAGUUAGCAAAACCUACAGACCAAAAAAUGAUAUUUUUGCCUUUUGAUGACGUUUAGUUUUCCUUUUUGACAUUUCUUAUACUCGGAAUGCGCUCAUAAACGGAAACGGAGCGGAGCGGAGGGGAAAAACUGUGAUCUAAAAUGUAUCUAAAAAUAAACCAGUCCGUGAAAACGUUAUGACAUGCAUGUAGGCCUAGUAUAGGAGGUACUCAUCAGCUCCUGGUUCGGGCUUGAACAUAUGCUCCUGCGGUACUGGUGCGUUGCUCUCACCAUCUGAUCUAUCAAGCAAACUGAGAGCUGGUUAUUAUUUGGAUUCGUUAUAUAACCGUGCAGGAUUACUGUGAUUAAGUAGUGUUUUGGAGCCCUCCAUACAAAGAGAAACUUUCGUUGGUAUUUUGAGCUCUCUGAAGUUUACCUGUGUUAAGUUAUUAGGCAGCUUAGCAACGACGACGGCGACGGUGACGGCGACGAGAACGUCAAAAAAGCAAUAGGUUUAGAUAAGCAAAACAACUCUGCACGUGCAUCAUGCUUUUUUGUAUAUUUCUUUACCGACGUGAAAUUGCCUAAUUUCAUAUUUUAUGAAGGACGUAAACAGGCAACGGCAAUUUUUUUCUUUUCUUUUUAAACUUGAGCGCGGUCCCCAAGAAAUCAAUUCCAGGGAAAUUCGCCUACACUUGAAACCGUAAAAUUCCGAAAAUAAGCCCCGGGGCUUAUAUUUUUCAAAGGCCCUUUUGGAGGGGCUUAUCAACGGAGGGAAAUUUGCGUUUCAAAAUCGAUUGUGCUAUCCUUAUAGUUGGAAGUAAAUUUACCAUUUUGGCUUUGUUUUACUUUGUAUUUGAGGGCAGUUUUCCAAGUACAAGCCCCCGGGGGGCUUAUAUUUGGAGGGGCGAUUUAACGGAGGGUUUUUUGCGUUACCGGUUUGGGGGGCUUAUAUUUGGAGGGGCUUAUACAUGGAGGGGCUUAUUUUCGGAAUUUUACGGUAUUUUCGUUGAAUUAGAAUAUUAAAACACGACAAAGUUUGAAAAAACGCGAAUUCUUUUAAAAGUGACGUUUUCGCUGCCAUCGCCGUCGUCCAUGCUAAAGCUCCCUAUUUGUGUAAGUAGUAUAGUAGGUAUCGCAAUGGUAAAUCAUUUUCACAAAGUUUAUCCUCGACGGCAAGAAUGGGUUAGGCUGCGAGUAGUCCCUCAUUUUAGAGUGACCGAAAUACACGAGCGCUCGUGAAAAUCGCCCCCCUCGAGGAACGUGUAACACGGAGGGAAAAAAGCGGUCAAACUCCUGCAGGCCCCGGUUGUUCAGUAGUAUCCACCGAAUAAAUCACUAUCCAGCGGAUAAAUAUUAGGGAAAUCGAUUACGUUGAUUUAUCCAGUGGAUAGCGUUACCCACCGUUCGACCAACUGGGGCCAGCUUGGCUUAGUCUUUAGUUCCUCAUUUGAACUCUUCCCUCCGUGUAUCACCUUCCUCGAAGGUGGCGAUUUUCACACACGCUCGCAUAAUGCGCUCGUUUUACCAUUCCUGAGGACUACUCGUAGUUUAACUAUGAGUGUGUGGAACGAGAUUUAGAAAACAAGUACCAUUGAGCACUUAGUCCACGUUCGUAUUACGGCGGCAUUUUUCCUCUAGCUGGUCUCGAGGAACAGCCCAGAGACUUUCUUGUUUAUUUGACUGAGACUAUCUCGGUAUUACUUUCCAGUGACGGUAUUUGUUUCUUGUUAUUUUGAUUGGGCACCUCUUGAUGUGAAAAUGAUGUUUGCCCUCUUUUAACUUUCCGUUGCGUCUAAACAGCUCAGAAACGAAAAGGUAGUCGGGAUGUGUAUGUGGUCACCUUUUGGGGUACUCUGCGCCCUUUUUUUUUUACUUCUACCCCCGACUAACACCAUAAAACGUUUUUUUUUCCUAGGAAAGAGGUUCACAUCAGGCUAAAAGAAGCCAUGCGGAUAAUUCUGUAGCUCUCCAGUGUAAUCAACAAGAAGUGGAGCAGUGGCAGCCUAACCUGCCUGGGGUAAGUAGAAAUUUGCCCUUUACCAGGUCACGAAUGAAGGGACAACAUAACCAAUGUUUAUUACUACUUAAAAAUCCAUCCGCGAGGAGCAUUUGUGUAAAUGUUAAUCUACUGAUAGUGUCCUUGCCGCAGCUGUUCAAACGUUGUUUAACACUAUCCACCGGAUGUAUCACUAUCCAGUGGAUAAGAAAGCCAUUUGUGUGAUGUCAUAAUUUUAUUUCUACUACUACCAGACUGUGGUAUUAGGUAGUAAAAUAACGAAGUGGAAAUGGAUUCAAUCCAUUUCGUUUACUUUUCAUUUUAAUAUUUUAUUAUCCCAGCGAGGUUUAAAUACCAAUAACCCUAAUUUGAACAAGGAAGCAAAACCCUGAAGAAUUCUGAUCGUAGUAGUCAAAAGACGUGAUCGUACAAAUCGCCCAUUGCGUUAUCCACUGGAUAGAGAUGAAACCAGUAGAUAGCGUUAUCCAACUUUCCAGCUGACAACUGGGGCAUGGUAACUGACAGAAAGUCGCGGUCUUUUACUACAGACAUUUAGGAAAGACAUGUUUUAAAACUUUAAGAAGUUGUGCUGAUACGUUUUUGACUUUUGUUAGCUAUUUUGUGGACGCGCCGGAGACUGGGUUAGUAUUCUGUCGCAUUGCAGCAUGGGACUGUUUUUUUGGAGGGCGGAGAAUUUUGAAUUACUUCCCUGUGCAACCUUGUAGUAGCCAGAAAAAGACGCGAUAGUGUCCCCAAACCAGUCUCAAUUGCCACUUUAGACACGAGAAGGGAACUGGAGCCGAAAUGCGUUCCGCAAUUGUUUCUGGGAUCGUUAUUGGGGACGCACCGGUCAGCUAUCAGCAAUUUUUUUUCCCUGUCUCUAGUAACAAUCCCACAAGUCUUUGCGAUAGUUAACUCGACCCAGUUCCUUUCUGGUUUUUGAAGUGGCGAUAGCGCGAUUGGACACAAUACCGACCAGGGCGGAUAAAGGUUUAUUCUCCCUGAUACCGACCAAGUACCACACGCAACCCCGAAACAACCAAUUUCACAAAUCUAGUGAUACUGCCCGUUUGAAGAGUCUGCUUCACUUCUUCUAAACUGAAUACCCUCUUUCAAGCGAAAGUGAGGGGUCGUUUUUGGGAUUCUUCAAGGAUUUAUACGGUUAGUCACGACUUAAAAAAAGACUUGACUUCUGGCGGCUCUUAAAUUUUGUUGCCAAGAGCGUGAAAAGCUACUAACCCGGCAAAAAAUAUCUUCUUUCCCCGACAACCAGACGGGGCGUUUUUUGAGCCCGGAGUACUGUGACCAUGCCCUCACUAUAUCUCUGCAUGUCUUUUUUUUCCCCUGCAUUCGGCCCUAUUUCCGCCUUGUCGUAGGUUACAAACGUGGGACCUAUCUUACUUUCAGAGUGAAAUGAAUUUUUAAUUAAGAGAACUUGAUCUGAAUUUGAGUUUCCUUACAUCAUUAGUUGGCCGAAAUUUAGCAAUAUUCUGUUGCCUUAAAGGUCCUCCCGAGUGACAUGGCCUGCCACGUGCUCACAGAAAUGUCUCCCGGAGGAUCCUUGAUGAACACAACUUCGGAAACGAGUAUGCAACGUAAGUGUCUUUUUUGGGGACUUUUCCUUAUUUGUAGGCCACAAUGUAAAAUUCUAGGUUAUCAUAAACCUGAAACGUUUGUGUUUUUUUGAAAACAUUAGACACUUUUUGAUAUUUCUUUACCGAGUAUCACCUUAUCAGCUAUAUCAGUAGUUGUGUUGCCUCUUUUAAGUAAAUUUCUUCCCUUCAGGUUGCAAUGCUGUCUUGAAAGCCGCAGCUUUCUUUCUUUAUAGAUUUGGUGCCUUCCAAACUGCAGAAGGAGCUGAAGUUGCAGUACAAUUCGCUGUCUGAGCUCCUGCGGCAUUUUUGGUCAUGUUUUCCAGUAAAAACGCAAUUCUUAGAAGAAAAGGUACGCUUAAACAUGUUACAACACACUGUGCCGCCUGCUGCAGUGUUUUGUAGCGCAGACCGGUCGCGGCGAUAGUUUCCUUCACGGUCUUUGCGGGAAAAAUGUAAGUUUGCGACGAUGGAUCUUAAAUUUAUACAGCUUUUAUUUUAUGUGACUAGUCGCAAAGACAAAUUAUCGUUGCCUGCGAGGCGUGCGAGCAAGCUCUCCAUUUGGGGUGGGGGGAGGGGAGAUAUCGUGAAAUGUCACGCGAUGGAGAGAUAAGAGAGAUAAAGCCUGUUACCUCGGAUGAAUGGAAUUAUGUGCGAGCGCUUUUUUUUUUCGCGAGAAUAAUACUAUUGGACAUAAUUGUCAAUGGAAACGUAAAAAAAAAAUCACAGGAAGGAAGUGACCACGAUAGCUUCCCGAAAUGUUAUCGCAGGUUCUGAGUCCCGCGAUAAACAGCCAAUCAAAAGAACAGUUAAGGAGUUUCCCGCGUAAAAGACGCACCACACGCAACGAAUAUUACAGGAAAUAAACUAAUCUCAGGACAAUGUACGCUUGAUGAAAUGGUUUCCUCAAAACAAACUCCACCAUUCCAACCCAAAGUUUUGUUAAAAUGCACAGGCUGCGAAUGGGUGGGGAAAGGGGAUCAUUUUAUGUUUCUGUGGAACUGCCCACCUACCCCUCCCCUAAACCCACAUUAACUCUUAGGUCUUACUUAGAGCAAAAUGUUGGCUCAGGGGAGUGGUAGGUGGGCAGUUUCACAGAAACGUAAAAUGAUCCAGGAAAUGCACGUGGCCGAAUAUCCCCUCUCGCCCGCCUUCUAAUCAGCAGGAUGGUUUUCAUUGGCUUUUAUACAGAAACAAGUAGGGUUUUUAUUCAAUUAUUCCACUCCCACAAAGGUGUCUUUGUAACAGACUAGAAAACGUUUUUGUUAAACAUAGUAUCUUUCACCGUUUCACUUCUAGCCCGAGAUAUGGCGAGAUGCAUUAUUUAACUUUUAAAUCUCUGAGCGAAAUCCCACGGUCAGUGUUACCAUCCAGAUGAAACCCCUUUGGUAAAACUUACGUGGUGCUAUUUAUUUCUUAAGACUUAACAAAAAAAUUCUGCCAGGAGUAAAGGGUUUAGUAAUUUUGUAUAUUUAUUUCUGUUAUCAUUUCAACAGGUUGUAAGGAUGGGUCAGAGUCUUGAGAAGUUCAGAGAUGUUAAAUUACAACAGUUUCGCAGUGAUCUUUCCAUGGAAGAUUCUCACGUUAGUAAAUGAUGUUUUUAUUUAUUUACUUCACAUUACCUAGAAUAGUCAUUUUUGCCCAGUCCGCGAGAAUUUUUGCUUGAUUGUGUGAGGUUUGGAGGCUCCCAAUUGGGUUCUUCAGUCUCGUAAUCCCGAACCAAAUCCCGUAAUCCCGAUGAUUAUUUUCGGCAUUCCGCAUCCCGUGUAUACUUUCAGUCUCAAUUCUCGCCCUCGUUUUGAUUUCGAAUUUCGAAUUCCGAAUCCCGUUCUUUGAAUAAGGCAAAAUCCCGCAUCCCGAAAAACGUUUUGAAGAUCCUCAUAGUCCCUUGGUCUCUUUGCAGUUAGCGGACCACUUAGUCGAGAUGCUUGACUCUGCUCUUGCAAAAUAUAGAACGUGGCUUGAAAAGAAGUCUGCCACAAGGAUCGCUAGCUGACGACAAACGUGGCUCGGGGAAAAAAGAACGUAAUCUGAUGGCGAUGUAAAACUCGUGACGAGAAGAAUGAUGUUCGACUGUCAGCAACGAGAAGGAAAGAAAUUCAUUAUGGAAGCUGAGGCAUUCCUGGAUCGCAGUUUCACAAGGCGAAAUUUAAUGGCAAUUGGCAGAAAAGAAGACCUUUUCUGUACGCACGUUACAAACAAUUGAUUUCUGUAUAGUAUUCAUGUACGUAUACAUUUCGGAAAAUGAAAACGAAGUCAACGUUGCUGGAGAGAAGGAUAUAUUGGUCUUCUUCCCCGGCGGGAGAGGGGAGGCUACUCCCAAAAAUUUUGGAUAGGUGUGUGCCGCCCGGGGGCUUAAACCCUGAUCCUAUUUAAGGAUGAGACAAACGAAAACGGAGUCCCUUUUCAGGCCCAAACCUGAAAAAUGAGACCCAUUUUAAGGAUGAAACAGAAACUAAGAAUUUAUUGGAGACACACAAAUCUUCCUUAAUCGCUUUCCUAAUACUCUAAGGUAAAGUUCAGCUAACAGAUAAUUUCUUUUUCGUGUAUCUGGACAUUUACGCAAUGGAAUGUUAGCUGAUAUAAAAACGAUAUCCUAUCUAAGGAUCACACUAGGAUUAUGACGCGUUAACAAUGGCAACCGUAUUAGGCGGCACAUACUUAUCUAGCCCGUAUAUGGAAGUAUCCCCGGGGUCUUCUCUUUGGCAAUAAUUAGAAAAAAUGAUAAUUCUUGAACUCAAAGUUCAGAACUUAAAACAUAUAGUUUGCUAUAACUUUUGUGAAAACUUUUACAGACUUGUAAACCACUUGCAUC